GGGUCUGGAUACGUUUCCAUAGCCGUGAAAUUUUAUUAUCCAUUAUCCUGACACAUGUCACUUUUAUUACAUUUUUCGUUCUGAAAGGGUGUGGUGCGAAUUUUCCCUUACAUAAUUAUGGCUGCGGCACCACCGAAAGUCUGUGCUUCCUGCAAGCAGAAUAUUGAGGGAGGGCCGGCAAUAAUAGCCCUUGAAAAAGCCUACCAUCCCGAACAUUUCACUUGCCAUGAAUGCAAGGUCCCCAUCACUGGCUCUAAAUUCCAGGAAAAAGAUAACGAACCUUAUUGCGAUAACUGCUACGCGGCUAAAUUUUUGACAAAAUGCAAAGCUUGUGGCGACCCGAUCAAAGAUAAAGUUGUCACCGCUAUGGGGGCUGACUGGCACGAAGACCACUUCGUCUGCGGAGGUUGCAAGGCUAAACUCAUCGGCACCAAAUUCAUGGAAAUCGAAAAUGCCCCAUAUUGUCAAAAAUGCUACACUGAAAAAUACGCUGAUAAGUGCAAGGCUUGCGGAAAACCGAUUGUUACUCAAGCUGUCGUCGCUUUGGAUGCCAAAUGGCACCAGUUGUGCUUCAAGUGUUCGAAAUGCGGCAAACCCAUCAUGAAAGACCAAUCAUUCCGGACCGAGGGAGGGAAACCCCAAUGUGUUAAAUGUUAAACAUCUAUACACCGCACGACACGCUUUUGCAAUCACCACGAAUAUUUAUACAAUAAAUAUAUUCUAUGCACUUUGUUCUUUUUAAAAAAUAUGUUAUUGCUUUGCAAUUAAACUGAUUGAAAAAUAA